AUGCUAAGGAAAGGAUUUUCGCACCUCCAUAUUCUGAACCGCUGGCAAGGCAGUAUUACUUACUCGGGAAGUCUGGAGGGAUACAUAUCAAAGAAGCUGAGCAUGAUGCGUGCAGCUGGACUGAACGAGAAGCGCUGCAUCGUCCGGGAAAAUCUCAAUCUUUACAACAGCGUCGCCACUCUAUGCACAUACGCCAGUUCAGGGCUGCCGUCGAGGGAGGACAUCGUUGAAGCCACCAAAGCUUGCAUCUCCGAACAUGCAGCACUCAGCAUUGUGAUUCAAGAUGCCGAUACUGAGCAGCCGAAGAUCAGCCGAGCUGAAACGAUAGAUGUCGACCAUCAUAUCGACUUCUUGGACGCAGGUGGAACACCGUCAGAGUUGGAAGCAAUUCUCUCAAAAUCACACAAUGAGCCAGUGACCGUCCAUCAUAACCAACCGCAAUGGCGCCUGAUCAUCGCAACCCCCGAGACUAGAAGUGGUCCUUGGACAGGAUUCCAUGCCGCAUUUGUCUGCUCGCACAACCUCAUGGACGGGAUGUCUGGAUAUGCGUUUCACCGCACCUUCUCACGCUCGCUCAACAACCCAAAGCCUAAAAUCGCGCAAGUCAGCAGCACAUACGAAGUCCCUCGCGAUCUCAAGCUCCUACCACCAAUGGACGCCCGUCUCAGCAUAUCCUGGUCCUAUCUCCUCGGUCCCGUAAUCAAAGAAUACUUUCCCUCAACCCUAUCCAACCUCCUGGGUUUCAGCUCAGACAACACACCAUCUGACGCUUGGCUCGGCGCCAAAAGUCGACCAGCCCUCCCCUCCGACUCCAAAUUCCCUCCAACAUCCCUCCAUCUAACCUCAGUCCCCGCCUCAACGCUCAAAAACACCUUAUCCGCAUGCAGAAACCACUCAACCCGCCUAACAGCCUUCCUCCAACACCUCUUCGCCCGAGCUUUAAGCAGAGCCCUCACAAAACGUGGUGAAACCCACACCACAUUCCUCUCACAAACACCCAUCGAUCUCCGCCGUGCUCUAGGCCAAGCACAGAAUCAACCAAUGGCUAACUACUCUUCCGCACUCACCGAAACAAUCAAAAUACCCCCAUCCCUCCUCUCAACUCCUGCUCUCGCAGAAACAGAAUGGACAUCAAUCCAGAAAUUAACUUCCAAACUCGCCGCCGCAGCCUCGACAACAAAAGAUCAUCCCGUCGGUCUCCUGAAAUACUUGUCGAAUUUCCGGGAGUGGACGAUCAGGAAGUCGAAAUGUCGUGCAGAUGUGAGUUUUGAGAUUAGUAAUUUGGGGGUUUUCUUCGAUGAUGGUGAUAAUGGAGGGGAAACAAAAAAAUAUCGAGUUGAGAAUAUGAUCUUCUCGCAAUCUGCAAACGGGACUGGACCACCGUUUUGUGUGAGUGUAGCGAGCGCGAAGGAUGGCGCGUUGAUGUUGAGUGUGACUUGGUGGGAGGGGAUGUUGGGUGUUGAUGAUGAGAAGGAGUUUAUACGAGAGAUUUGUGAGGAUAGAGCGACCUCUGGCCAGCCAUGAUAAUGUAUGAUGGGGUAUCUACUGACAAUCUAUCGCCUCUCAGUGCUGUUCAUCUCGUCUCGUCCAUCACCAGUAUGCCACCCGAUCACGCCCGAACGCCUCGCUAGAUAUGAUUGAGCGACGCGACAUCCGGUCGUACUACGAACUGGUAGUCGUGUUCUUGCUCAACUUCACGUGACCUAUCGUGUGAUCAUGGUGCCUGCUGCCCUCAAGGUCUGCCUGGGAGCAAUUCGGUUCCGCCAGUGUUGUAGAUGACGAAGGCGCUUCUGAAUUCCCGUCCUUUUGCGACGCCAAGUCCUCCUUGCUGGCAUCUUUCGUCGAAGAAGACUUGCUGGGGAUUAGUUUCCCUAGCUUGGUCCCAAUCGGGGGUCGAUCGUGAUUGAAACCUUCGGCGAGCUGCCUUCCGUCAGGUCCGGUGCUCUGUACUGUAUCCAACUCG